CUCUUAUCUGGAUUAAAGAGCACGUGACCGCUUUAAAAGCCAGACGCACACGAGCGGUGGAAGUUCGUAACAUGAUUACAAUGACACGAGUGGCGCUGUUGGCUCUCGCUGCCCUGUGGUGUUCGGCGUCUGUGCUAGGAAAGCUCGGAGCACCUGGCGGCCCUCGAAAGCUACACCACGACAUUGCAGAUAGUUUCAAGGUGAUCGAGAACUUUCCGUACACCGUAGCCAUUUCCGAUUCAGACAACGACACUGUCUUCGAAUGUGUGGCCGCUAACAGAACGGAGAUUGACCCGGAGGCUCAAACAGCUACAUUUGUCUGGCUCUUCCAAGGAAACGAGAACUCUCCAAAGCAGGAUAUUCCUUUCUACGUAAAGACUGGAGAGGAACCUGGAACGCUGCUCUUCUCCGUGGAAGGCGAUCCCACAGUUAGGGAGGGCCGCUACUAUUACACAGACUACAAAACCUGCGUCGUACUGGACAUGGAAUACCACGGACAUCAAUGCAUUCUGUGGACACAAAGAGCAGUGAAGGAUAAUGUUCCGCAGCACUGCAUUGACCAGUUUGUCGACACGUGCGGCGUCGUCCCUCCCCCCCACAGCAGAGACCUCUGCCCGGACGGUGAAGGCGACUACUAGCCGCCUCUGCGGUGUCUUCCUUUUAAACGUGUUGUGCACUAUAUAUUCUGUGCAAAGUAUUCAAAUUUAUCGAAAGCAUUUAAAUAAAUUUUUCGCUGUUCGGAAUGAAAUUCACUAGGAAUAUUUCAUUCAUACAUUUCAAUUUUGAGAUCCUAUCUACGAUCUCAAACCGAGCGUCGUAACAACUAGGCUAUCUAGGCACGCUACCACAGCAUAGCAUAGCCUUUGGGAUAACAAAGAACGACGCCGGAGUUUGGGCGCGCGGGCAGCUAGGGCGAAACAGAGGAAGACGAAGCAGAAUAAAUCCUUAAGCUCCUACUUGUAUAAGAAUUCUUAUAUUAGUAAUGAUUUAAUGUUUAAAAAGUAGCAUUUUUAUUUCAUCAUAGUAAUUUCUAUUCGCAAUUACGAUUAAA